GGAAUCCCCCAAAGCGGAGCUGAUUUGUGUGGGGCUGGUGCCGCGAGCCCGGACAAGGACAGCUCGUCGCCUCGUCCCGGGGAGGAAAGCAGCCCAGCCUUUGCGCAGUUGCUCCGGAGAUGGCACUUGGGGUUGGGGUGUGUUGACUGAGAAGAGAAAUGAAGCCCCGGCAGUCCAGAUGGCUGCCUGAACUCCAGGUACUCCACAGAUUUCUGGCUGCAGAUGUGAGCAACUCAUCUGCUGACGUUUUGCUGCUGCCGUUGCAUAGACCGUGGACUCCUACCGCAACAAGCCUAUAGCAGUCAGAAUGAUUAUGAUGCCUCUGGGGGCGCUCCUUUCUGCUCUGUGUUUCUUGGGGGCCGUCAUUCCGGAAGGGCUACAGUAUGCCACCUUUUCCUACAACACAACCAAGUUCCUUCAUCUGAUUAUGGAUCCUGACUCCGGGACUCUUUACCUGGGGGCUACAAACUUUCUCUUCCAGCUGACCGCAAACCUGGGGAUGAAGGAAGCCGUUCGCACAGGGCCUUCCUUAGACAGCAAGGAUUGCCUUCCUCCUGUCACAAAGCCGGACUGUUCCCAGGCCCAGGAAACAGACAAUUACAACAAGCUGCUGUUGAUCAACUCAAUUGAGAAGGAGCUGAUAGUGUGCGGGAGCGUCUGGCAAGGGAUCUGCGAGAAGAGGAACCUAGACAUCAUUAACCUUGUUAUUUUCCAACCUUGGACGCCGGGAGACACUCAGUAUGUAGCAGCAAACGACCCCAAUAUUUCCACUGUGGGGCUGAUAGGAUACUCCAAAGACAACGUGCCACUGUUGUUUGUGGGCCGAGGUUACACCAGUCGAGGCGUGGGGGGCAGCAUUCCUCCCAUUACGACCCGGAAUCUCAGGGCCCACCCUGGGGAGUUGCCCGGAUCAGACUCUCACUCCAUCUUCUCCUACGAAGAAACGGCAAAGCUGGCUGUGGGCCGGCUCUCGGAAUAUAACCACCAUUUCAUCAAGACCUUUACUCACGACUCCAGCGUUUACUUCCUGUUUUACCGGCGGGAUCUCAAGUCACUGUCUCGUGAGUACAGGACCUACAUUUCUAGGAUCUGCCUGGACGACUCUCACUAUUACUCCUAUGUAGAGUUGCCUUUGCUCUGCCAGAAGAAAGAGAAGACUUACAGCCUCCUGCAGGCUGCCUCCAUUGCACACCUGGGCGUGGCUCACGGCGACGUCCUCUUUGCUGUCUUUUCUGCCUGGCACACUUCCUUGGGGAAGCUGAGUGAGGAAUCGGCCCUGUGCAUUUACACAAUGGACGAGGUGAACCACCUGGCUACUCAGACCAGGGACCUCUGUUACACCAAGGACGGCAGAUCAGAGGACGGCAAAGAGGUGGCUUACAUAGAAUACGAUGUCAACUCUGACUGUGCCAGAUUGUCCGCGGACACUCUGGAUGCCUACCCAUGCGGCUCAGACCACACCCCCAGUCCCAUGGCCAGCCGGAAGCCGCUUGAAGCAACCCCAAUUCUGGAGAAGCUGGAUGCCCGCCUGAGUGCGGUCGCUGUCAGCACCGAAGAUGGACACACUGUAGUUUUCUUGGGAGACAGCAAAGGUCGGCUGCACAAGGCUUACUUGGGAUCAAUGGGGCACGCCGACUUGUACGCUUCUCUAGUGAUCCAGCUGAACAGUGCCGUGAGUGGAGACCUGCUCUUUGACCAGUCCAAGAAGCAUUUAUACGUCAUGACUCAGUCAAUGGUGACCAAGAUUCCCGUCUUCGAAUGCUCCCAGUACACUGACUGUGAAUCAUGUUUGGCUCUGAGGGAUCCAUACUGUGGCUGGUGUGUUCUCCAAGGAAGGUGCAGCCGUCGCUCUGAAUGCACCAGGUUUAGAGUGAGCGAGCAGUGGCUGUGGGGCUUUAAUUCGAGCCAGCAGUGCUUGUCCGUCCAGUCCCUGAGCCCAGCCAACAUCAGUCGAGAAGAACAAAGAACUAUAUCCCUGACACUUUCGGAUUUGCCGCCCUUGCGGGAUGGAGAGUCGUAUUCGUGCUUCUUCGAGGAGUACGAGAGCCCAGCGGUGUUGACAGCAUCCGGCAUCGUGUGUCCCUCGCCCCAUCCCAGCCAAGCACCAAGUCUGAAAGCAGGAACAGACCACAUAACCAUUCAGCUGGUGGUGCGUUUCCUCGAUGUCUUCAUUGCUUCAGCCUCGUUCUCCUUCUACGACUGUGCAGCCGUGGCCUCUUUGAGGAGAUCAGCCCCAUGCCAGAGCUGUGUGAGCAGCCAUUGGGGAUGUCAUUGGUGUGUCCAUCAACACCUCUGCUCUCAUAAGACCACCUGUGAAGAAGGGACCAUCAUCUACAAUGAAAGGACUCAAAUACCAGUCUUCAGCCUUCUGCCUUCCUCCGCGAUUCCCACUGCAACCGUGUCCCGUUCAUCUGCUCCGACUGUGGCCGCUGCCCCCACCGUUCUUGCAGAAACAACGACCAAAUCUUCCACCCCCAGUCCUACCCCCACCCCCGUCCCGACCACUCAGCCCACAACCUCUGCCCCAACUACUCCACAGCCAGAAACGCUGGGCCCCACAAAUUCGCCUCCUCCAUCCACAGACUCUCUUACUUCUCUCAGGACAACCACAGAAUUCUUGACACUGGCCCCGACUGACUUCUCUACGACCGUUCCCCUGACAACGGAGUCUGUCCCCAGCAGCCAGCCAGAGACUCCAGGCCUCACCACACACCCUACAUCUGAACCUCCCAUUGAUCCUGAAGCCUGGACUACAGAGCCUUCUACCUCCCUCCCUCCCAGCACGUUUCAGCCAAUCAUAGAAGCCCAGACGCCACUCACAGAAGCGGCAGAUGCCACGACCCUGUCUCCUGUGCCUGAGGCACCCGCAUCUUCUGUCCCAACGCCCUUCACCCCCAACCAGAUAGGAAGUGCCUCCACCCCUUCUGCUGACUUGCCAGGAGAUCUAGAGACCGAGUCACCUCUGUUUGAGGUGCCUCCUUCCAUGGGCCUUCCAGACUGGCUUCCUGGAGACGGUCUAGAACUCAAGGAAAGCGAAGAAUGGCUGCCAUCCGAGAACGAUACCUCCUCCUUCUCUGCCUCCAUGUUUCUCUCAGGCGACGGAGAUUCAUUGGAGAGCGACGCUACUGAUUUCCCUAGGAUUCUGAACCCAGGGCUGGACUACCAAUAUGACGCACCUGAUUUUUUGGACUUGAGUGAAAGCUGGGGGCCUGAAGCCUGUCCCUGUGUGCGGGGCAUUCAAGGAUCCUCUCUGAUGCCGGUCAACGUGCAGAGGAAGAUAACUCUGAUUGGAAGGAAUUUCCACCUCUAUCAGGAUCAGCUCUGGGACUACGAGUGUGCUUUGAUUCUGGAAGGCAAGACCUUGGUGGUGGACGCGUACGUUGAACCAGACGAAACAAAUCCAUCCAUUUGCUACAUCACGUGCCAGCUGCACCAGUACAGCUACUCGGCCCCCCAGCUGGAAUUCAAUGCUGCGAUUUUUGUGCAAAGGAAGCAUCGCCUCCGGUUGGACAGCGUUGAAGACCUCCACGUGACUCUCUACAACUGCUCCGUGGGACACUCGGACUGCAGCCGCUGCCGGACCGCUGAUGCCAAGUAUAACUGUGUGUGGUGCGGCGGGGAGCAGCCCAGUUGCCUCUUCCAGGACUCCUGCAAAGAGAAGGUGGCAGACAUGUGCCCGGCUCCGCUGAUCCAUUCUAUUUCUCCCUUAACUGGGCUAGUUGAAGGGGGCACCAGAAUCACCAUCAUGGGUUCGAACCUUGGCCAGAAGCAUGAAGAUAUUGCAGACACAGUUACUGUGGCAGGAAUCCCCUGUGAGGUUGAUCCCUUGGCGUAUGAGAUCUCUAGCAGUAUCGUGUGCACCACAGGCGAAAGUGGAACCGAGAGGUCUGGGCAUGCGGUCGUGGAGGUUGCUGGAGGAGGACAGGGGGUCUCUGCUCACGUUUUCACUUACCAGAAUCCGGAGUUGAAAUCGUUCUCGCCGUCGCGUGGCCCCAAGGCCGGAGGAACCUGCCUCACGUUGACAGGAUCCAAGCUACUGACGGGAAACCCCAGCCAGAUCAGCAUCGUGGUUGGGCACCUCCCUUGCUACGUUCAUUCCGAGAUGCAGGAGGACAAGCUGCAGUGCCGGACGAGUCUCAGUGAUAUCUCGGUAGAACUUCCUGUCACUAUCAAGUACGGGGAUCAGGAACGGAGGCUGGAGGGUUCCUUCUUCAGAUACACCCUGGAUCCCAAUGUCACUUUUGCGGAACCAUCCAAGAGCUUCCAGAGUGGUGGGAGGCAGAUCCGAGUUCAUGGGCAUAACCUGGAUGUCGUACAGUGGCCGAAAAUUCGUGUAACGGUUUCACCGCUGGAGCGCCGUCGCCGGGGGCUUGGAAGGCGGCGUAGGAUUAUCCCAGAAACAGAAUGCCCUGAGAAUGCUCUCUGCAGUAUCCAGCAAUUUGAAGAGCCGUGCGAAGUGAACUCCUCCAACCUCAUCCUGUGCAGAACGCCAGCCAUUCAGCCCCGCCCCCCCUCCGUCCACGUGAAGCUGGAGUUCGUGCUGGAUAAUCUCAGCUUUGACUUCAACUCCUUGCAUCCGUCCCGCUUCUCCUACGAAGUGGACCCCGUCCUGAAACCCCUGAACGCGGAUGAUCACACCAAACCCUAUCGUCACAAACCUGGGAGCGUCAUCUCUGUGGAGGGAGAGAACCUGGACUUGGCCAUUUCGAAAGAUGAAGUGGAAGCCAGAAUCGGAGUUGGGAUCUGCGGGGUCAAGACUCUCACGAAGCACCACCUCUAUUGCGAACCGCCGUCUGAGCAGCCUGCCCCUUUGCACAGAGCCAAGCGGGAAGGCACGGAUUCGCUCCCCGAGUUCACAGUUCAGAUGGGGAACAAAAACUUCCGGCUGGGUCGUGUGCAAUACGACACAGAGAGCCAGCUCACCUUCCCGCUGGAGGCCCAGAUCGGCUUGGGCGUGGGAGCCUCCUUUGUUGCUUUGAUCGUGCUAAUCAUUGUUUUCAUCUACAGGAGAAAGAGCAAACAGGCCCUGAGAGAUUACAAAAAAGUUCAGAUCCAAUUAGAGAAUCUGGAAACGAGCGUCCGAGAUCGGUGCAAAAAAGAAUUCACAGACCUGAUGACAGAGAUGAUGGAUCUCACUAGCGACUUGGUUGGCACUGGAAUUCCUUUCUUGGAUUACAAAUCCUACGCGGAACGCAUCUUCUUCCCUGGCCACCGUGAAUCGCCCAUACAGAGAGGCCUGGAUGUGCCAGAGUGUCGCAGGCAGACAGUAGAACAGGGCUUGGUGCAGCUUUCCAACCUCCUCAAUAGCAAACUCUUCCUCACCAAGUUCAUCCACACCCUGGAGAUCCAGCGGACGUUCUCCCCGAGGGACCGGGCUUAUGUCGCUUCCCUUCUCACGGUCUCGUUGCACGGGAAGCUGGAGUACUUCACAGACAUCCUCAAGACUCUACUGAAUGACUUGGUGGAGCAGUACGUGGCCAAGAACCCCAAACUGAUGCUGAGAAGGACAGAAACAGUGGUGGAAAAGCUGCUGACCAACUGGAUGUCCAUCUGUCUGUAUGCAUUUGUAAGGGACUCUGUUGGGGAGCCGCUUUACAUGCUCUUCCGAGGCAUCAAGCACCAGGUAGACAAGGGGCCAGUGGACUGGGUAACCGGGAAGGCCAAGUACACCCUGAACGACAAUCGCCUUCUCCGAGAGGACCUGGAGUAUCGCACACUGACGUUGACUGCUUUGCCACAAGCUGGCAGCACAGUGGGAGGAGCAGAGGGUGCCCAGGGCGUGCUGGUGAAGGUGCUAGACUGCGACACAAUCACCCAGGUGAAGGAGAAGAUCCUUGACCAGAUCUACAAAGGGACACCUUACUGCCACCGGCCAGACCCAGAUUCCCUGGACUUGGAGUGGAGAUCAGGCCUGGCGGGGCACCUCAUCCUCUCCGACGAGGAUGUGACGUCAGUCGUCCAGGGCAAUUGGAAGCGCCUCAACACAGUGCAGCACUACAAGGUGCCCGAUGGAGCGACUGUCGCGCUUGUUCCUCGUAUGACCAAGCACCUUCCCAGAGAGAAUCAGGAUUACAUCCCCGGAGAGAAGACCCCGAUGUUGGAGGAUGCAGAUGAAGGAGGGAUGAAGCUUUGGCACCUGGUGAAACCGACGGAGGAGCCAGAGCUGCCGAAACAUCGGCGAGGGAGCUUGCGGGAAAGGGAAAGAGCCAAGGCCAUUCCUGAAAUCUAUCUGACUCGCCUCCUCUCCAUGAAGGGAACGCUGCAAAAGUUUGUGGACGACUUGUUCCAAGUGAUCCUCAGCACCAGCCGCCCUGUCCCCCUGGCUGUGAAGUAUUUCUUUGACCUGCUGGAUGAGCAAGCGGUGCAUCAUGGGAUUGUGGACCCAGAGACCAUUCAUAUCUGGAAGACCAACAGCCUGCCCCUGAGGUUUUGGAUCAACAUUAUCAAGAACCCGCAGUUUGUUUUUGACGUGCAGACUUCGGAUAACGUGGACGCAGUGCUCCUGGUCAUCGCGCAGACCUUCAUGGACUCCUGCACCCUCGCCGAUCACAAGCUGGGUCGGGACUCUCCAAUUAACAAGCUGCUCUACGCCCGUGAUAUUCCACGAUACAAGCAGAUGGUGGAAAGGUAUUACUCCGAUAUCCGCCAGACGAUCUCUGCCAGCGACCAAGAGAUGAACUCCGCCCUUGCUGAACUCUCACGGAAUUACUCAGGUGAACUCAAUUCCCUGGUGGCUCUGCACGAACUGUACAAGUACAUCAACAAGUACUACGACCAGAUCAUCACUGCCCUGGAGGAGGACCCGACGGCACAGAAGAUGCAGCUGGGGUACCGCCUGCAGCAGAUCGCUGCCGCAGUGGAGAAUAAAGUCACAGACUUGUGAUGUGCCCACAAGGACGGCCCAGCUGGAGAUGGGAGGGGGUGGAAUGCACUUGCCGCUGACGGGACCAAGCGCUCCCCACUGCGGCGGAAGGAGGAAGCAGCAGUGGUGGAUCGGGAAGCACAAAGUGCUGCGUAUGCCAGAGGACUUUAUUUUUUACAAACUUAAAAAAUAAUGAUGAUGAUGGUGGUGAUGAUGAUGAUGAUGAUGAACUUUUUGGGAGGAGCCUCCCCCAGACAGCCUGGGCUCCUCCAGAUGAGCCGCCACCGAGUGGCUGGGAGGCCAGAAAUUGUGAAUGUGCCAAGGAGACUGGAGGCCUGCGCAGUCCUGGGGGGACAUCGGAUCUCUGCGUUUCCUCUCCGCUGUCCGAAGCCACUGAAGAGAACUCCCCAGGCAGGGACCCGGAUCAGCGUGAACUUUCCUCUAAGUUUGUGGGGAUCUUGAGAAACAGCCAGGGGGGUGGGAAGAGCCUCUGCCCUUUCUCCUGCCCUUUGGCCGUCUCUUGUGGCACUUCCCUUCCUCAGAGAGCCCGAGUGCACCGCAGCAGGCGAGGACAAGCACAAAGGAACGGGCUGAGGAAGGAGACUCGGCAUCAGACUCGGAAGUGCCGACGUUCCUUGCGAGGGGUGGAAGCCCGGCUAGCGGGAGCAGGCGGCACAGUGCCAAGACCCGUUCCUGCCUGCCUCUGCUAUCCCCAGGCCAGGUGGUCCUUGCAGCUUGCAAGCAUACCUUUCGGGACGCUGCCUCUAUGAGCACAAUUCCCCUCCCUUCCCGCUCCCUGGGAAGCACAGAAACGAAACAUCGCUUUCCUUCGCCUUUCUCACACCCCCGUUGCUGCUGUUCUGAACUGGACCUGUAGAUUGCACUGUAGGGAUUGGAGGGGAAGGUAUUGAAGAGCUGAAAAAGUUUUAGCUUUUCCCCCUCUCCCCCCUGAGAGGACACUUCUCUGAGGCUCCCUCUCCACCCCCCACCCCCACCCCAUUUUCAUGCAGCCUCUUCCUCCCACCACUCUGCUCUGUCCCCCAUGGGGGCUUUCCGAACCCUGCCAGAGACAACCCAGAAUUUUCACAAAAGCCAACUAGUUGCUCCUCUGACUUCCUCCAAGGGCUGAGAUGCUCAACCCCAACCCUUCCGCCCCGCUGGCAGCGUUGCUGCUGGGGUUGCCAACUUUUACUGCCCCCUGUUCCUGUGCCUUUAACAGCUGUUGAAUCUUUCAGCCUUAGCAAAGCGUUACGAAAUCUUCAGCGGUGAUAGAUCGAGUUACUGUUAAAGGUACAGGAGCCAGCCUUUCUUCCUGCUCCGUUGGCCACUUUACCUGGUACCUCAGCUGUCAUUAAACUUAAGAGGGUCAAUUAGGGCAUAGCUGAAUUAUUUCCCAUUUCUUUGCACCCAAGGAAACCAGGGUAAGCUGCUUGUCUACAUACGGCUCCUAAUUUCUCUUUGCCUCUCGUCCCAGUAGGAUUUUGUGCUGCUAUUCCUACAACUGCAGUCUGCAUAGACAUAAAGCGACACUACUGUCCAAGCAGGCAGGUUGGAGCGUAAGUAGAUCCUAAGGCAGAUUAAGCCACUCUAGUCUGCCACUGGACAAUGCAAGGCUUGAAAGCUAUUUGGAAGGACUCCUGUGCCUUUAACAGCUGCAGGUCAACAGCUUCUCUCUGACUGCCUCUCAGAUUGUGUAGUAGGGUUUGUAAAAAACAAAAUGGUCGGCAUCUGUUGAGUUAGGAAUAUGCAAGCUUUUGAGUUCAACAGAACACUGCCACUGGCCUGACGAAAGAGUUCUGUGUAACAUCAAAGCCUGCUUGGUUUUGCCUCGGAAUAGGUCGGACAGAUAAGAGAUCCAGAAAACGGUGAACAGCGAGAGAUGGAGCAGUGCAGUGGCUCGGAGCGUGAGCGAUCAGCCAAACGUUCCCGGUUCAAAUCUCAGCCGUGGCCUCCCUUGGAGGCCUUAGGCCAGCCUCCUCCGUCAGCCUCUUGUCUAUAAUAUGGGGAUGAUGAUAACAACACUGGCUUACCUCACAUGGUGAACUACAGCGGUAGCGCAUGCGUGUGUGUGUUCUGUGGUUUGAGCAUUUUGGAAAAGGGUGAUAUCAAUACUAAGUAUUCUGAAGACUGCCCUUGCCAAAGGCCUCGAUCCACUUUAGCGCAGACACACCUCGGCAGGACACUGUUGCCUUACCCUGCUUUGUGUCUCUUCUGUCCUAAACCAAAAGAGCAACACAACCAGUUCUCCUGGACAGCUCCUCACCCUCACCCCCAUCCCCCAAAGUUCUCAGUCCGGCCUUCAUGGGCUCCUUCCUUCCUCUUGUUCUCUCGUGACCAGUCAAUACCUCAGAUGCCAGUCAAGUGCCAAGGCUCAAGCCGCCUUCUUGGAAGCCAUAACCCGUCCCCCCCCCCCCCUUGGGUCUGGGAGUUUUUUCCCUGAGAAAGAACUCGGCCUGGUUUACCAAAUCCUGAGACAAAAGGCACUUCGCACGCGCUCAGUAGGCCUCUAGUCUCCGUUAAUACACGAUCCAUUCAAGGACUCAGCCCUGCAAAUGAAUACGAACGGAGAGGCUCAGGGCCAAACAAUGGCGAUAGGAGACAGGAUUGUAACAGGAAGCACCCAAGCGGUUCAUUCGGCCCCAGAAAGCAUCCACGUCAAGCACAGUGUACUAGAGGGGGAAGCCAAUUCUCCCACGCGCCAUUUUCAUGACAGAAACUGCCCCUUGCCCACACUUUAAUCCUUGGUAUGGAAAAAGACAGGACUGCCGUAUUGUGCUGUCUUUUUCUUUCCAGGGUACAACUGCCCAGGAGGGUGAGGAAGAGCCCCCCCUUUUUUUAUUGAGGAAAAGGCACCGGGUGGAAGAACUUGCCCAUUACCAGGAGCCUAUACUCUAUAGAGCCCCCACUGUGGCUUCUUUUCUAGGGCCGGGCUAUUCAGGAGUCACAAAACUCCAGGAUCACAACUAGAUGCGACCAAAGGCGCAGUUUGUCCUACCUCUGAGGAUUGCUUCUGGCUUCAGCUGCAGUGUUGAAUUGUACCUGUCAGGUUUCUCUCGCUCACGUUUCCACUAGAAAGGCCACGUGUCUUGCACUCACCUAGACGUGGGUUACACAUUUCAUUUUGCCUGAGGAAAGGGCAGAUAUCCCCCAGUUACACCAGAGGCAAGGUACGUUUUACUCCUGACUGACUCUUCCUAACCCAGUGAUGGCGAACCUUUUCGAGACCGAGUGCCCAAAAUUGCAACCCAAAACCCACUUAUUUAUCGCAAAGUGCCAACACGGCAAUUUAACCCGGAUACUGAGGUUUUAGUUUAG